AUGGUAUCUUCUACGACUCCCGAGGGCUCCGUCCCUCAUCCACCGGCCACCCAUGGUUUUGGCGUGGUCGUCACCCAGAAACCGCCUAGUACUUCACUGGACCAGCAGCUGGCCAGCACAAGCUAUGAUCAAACCCAAUUUAUCACCGAUAGCCAUGGUCAUGAAGACAAUCUGCAACUUGCCAACAUCGUCAGCCUGUCCGAAGAGAAACAGCAGCACCGUCAUCUGGCCAUCGACGUUCCCAGCUUAGACCGAGUUCUGUCCAAAUCACGCCACCGUCACAAGCAUAAGCGUAACAAAGCUGGCGACGGUCGUUUCCCACGGAGAAAGAAUCAGUCUACGACAUCUACCACUGCCAGGGGUCUGCUGCCGACGUGGCCCGGGAUGAGGGACAAAGACAACGAUGAAGAGAAUGGUCUCCUCCGUCCGAUCACACGUCGAACGACACGGUCGCGCUGGGGAUCAGAGUCUACCACGGGAUUGACUGACGGGAGUCGGAGGGAGAGCUUACUCGAGGGAAUCGAUACAAACACAAAACUUGGCCCGGUCGCACGUCAAGAGAUCCGGUCGUUAGAGGACCUGGAGCAAGUGAAAAGUCGACGGAAAUAUGGCGAAGAGUAUUUGAGGUCCGCUUUGUCACUUAUCGGAAUAUUGGCUACAGACAUCACGCGCCGUCUGGAUUACACGUACUAUAACCUUUUAGAGAAUGUGGCAGCCCUGAAUGCUACGGUAUCAUCUUUCCAGGAACUGCUCAGCUCUACAUCAAGUCUCUUUGUCGAUUUCCAGCGAGAAACGUCGAGUCUCGACCAAGAGAUCCGAAAACAGGUCGGAGAGCUUCAAGAAUUCCAGCCACAGAUCAGAAAGAUAGAAGCUUUAGAAGAUCGCAUGAAGAUAGGGCGGACGAAAGCUCAGAAACUCAAUGAUCGACUUGAGAACAUGCGGAAUGAGAUCGAUCGCUGGGAGAAGAAAGAGAUGGAAUGGCAAGACCGCGUGAAUCGAAGGCUCCGUAUGUUCUGGACCUUUGCAGUAGCGGGUGUACUUGCAGUGCUUCUGGCCAUUGCCACACAGGACAGGAGCAUGAUAACAUCCUCGGCCAUUUCCAACAACAUGCGUGCAGGCACGGCAACGUUGGAUCAUAGUGUAUCACUGCGGGACGAGGGCAAUCACGAAUCUCAAGGAGGAAACACUCACACGUGGAUCAAGCAGCCAAUUGAUGCCCUAUAUCAGGGAUCCGGGAGUUCGAAGCCUACUGGUGACGACCCUCUGAAUUUUUCUGUUUCUGAAUAA